AGUCUUAAAGUUGCCAAGGUUGGAGACCCCUGCUCUAGCAUCCCUUCCCAGGCACUCGGAGUGCUCGGCUCCGGCUCCCGCUCCCGCACGAGGAGCUCACAUUCCCAGAGGUCUUUGCGGACUCCCUUCCCCUCCCCCCACGCGCUGAAGCGCAGCGACGGCAAAACGGUCGCUAGACAACGGAGGGCCGCCGCUUCCAUAGCGAUCAUUAUACACGGGGGAGGCCGUGGCCCGGCUGUCGCGCGGUUUGCCCUUCAAAGUCUCGCGAGAACCGCGGCCUUCCUGCCUUGGAGAGGCCACCUGGGGCGCCUUCCCGCCGGGCUGGCAUGGAGGGAGGCGAUGGCCGCAGGGAGCAUCUGUUCUCCUUGGAGCUGCUGGUGGAGUCGGCGCGCGUGCAACCGCAGCUGCUGCCGUCGCUGCUCCCGGACAGUGGGCCCUUCCUGCCGUCCGUGGCUCUCCGGCUGCUGGAUUUCCCGACCCUCCUGGUCCACGCCCCGCAGGCCGCGUCGUGGCCGGUGGUGCCCUUCGGGCGGGGCAAGUCGUGCCUCUUCAGGCUGCGGCCGGACGCUCUGAUGGGCCUCUUGCGGCGCUCUCCGCUCCACGCGCUGCUGCUGGCGCUGCCUCCCAACCAGGGUCCCGCCCGCCUGCUCGGCUCGUCCAGCAUCUCUUUGGCGGCCGCCGCCGAGGAGUUGUUGCCUGGCUCCGGGCCGGCGACUGGAAGGGGCCACUUCCCGGUUCGCGACCUGCUGGGAGAGUCGGUGGGCGAGCUGGCGCUGAGCUACCGCCUCAACAACCUGGGCUCCUCGAGCCUUGAUCACUUCGAUCAAGGGGCGGCGGUGGACGAAGCCCUCGCUGGAGACUGUCCGCGGGGGAGAGCGGUGGCACGGAGCCUCAGUCUGGACUUCAUCUCGGAAGGGGAGGAGGAGGAGCAGGACCCUGCCCCAGGUGGUGGCAGCCGGGGGUCCUUAAGCAGCCCUGAUACAGAGCCCGAGCCCUUUUCCGGUAGCUCAAGCGGAGAAGAAAUCGCAGGAGAGCUGGACAGCGAUGCCUUUUACCCCCCACCAAUGUAUUACAGUCAUCAAACGGAGAGUUGCUUCCCCAGCCCCAAAGCUGCAACGAGAGUGAUCAUCAUGGCGGCUCAAGAUUCACUUCCCAAAGAAGGAACUUCUUUACCUUUUGUUAAGGAGGAGCCUGUAGUUAACGCUGAGAAGGCUCUGUCACCCUUACUCGCCAGCACACCAACAGGGAGUACUUCGGAACAACUCAGGCAGACUUUAAGUCAGUUGCCUCUCCUGAAUGCUUUGCUGGUAGAAAUCUCCUUGCUAAAUAGCCAGCCCCUACCACCAGGACCCUCUACUGUGCAUCCUCAGUUGGCAUGGCUAUAUCAAAAUGCAGAAGAAGGUACAAAAAUCUUACCCUGUAAUGGUAAGAAUCUGUGUGCCUGCUGGGAUGAUAAAAAGAACACCCCACAUCGCAAAGAAAGAGGAAGAUCACCUAGCCCUAAAUUAAAAAGAAAUCGCCCAGAUAAUUUAAAAGGCAUGUCUCCUAUCUGUCCUGGCAAAACUUUUACAAAACCAGUAUACACUGAAAGACCUGUGAGCCCUGAAAAACUUAAUACCAAAGAAAAUUCUCCCACUAGAAGGAAAUUCUCUAGUGGGCUGUCGAACACAUUAAAGCUACGUGUUCAGCGAUCCAGUCCAGGUAUGUUGAAGGUUCAUGAAAAGAGAGAACAUCAUAGAAAAAAACUUGGCGACAUAUCAUUUGAAAAAAAAGGUAAAAGCUCUUUGACUAAAGAAAAAAUAUUCAAGGGCUCCCUUGACUAUCGUCCAAAGUCUUCUGGGCAAUAUGAUGAAAAAAGCAUCUCUGAUCAAAAUGCUCAAAUUAAUGAAAACGUUGAGACUUUAAUACAAAGCAGUGUUGGCCGAAAUAGCUCUAUGACCACAAAGAAAAUAAGCUCUCGCAUUACCAAAAAAAUUGGAGCCAAUUGUGUGAAGAAUAAAGACAAUGCCAAAGGGAAGUACUUGUCUGAAAGUGUUGAUUCUAAUUAUAAAGAAAAGAGCUUGGAAGUCCAUCUGCCAAGAGUCUUUUUACAGGACACUGAAGCCCUUGAAAACCCAGUAGAGGCUGAAAUAGAAAAAUGUUUGCAACGUGAUUGUAAUAUUCCAAAUAUAUAUAAAGAUAGGCACACCAACAACUUGGAAAAGAGUCAUGCACAUCAGAAUUCCGAUGGUUUAGUAGUUACUUCUGAAAAUGCAGCCUAUUCAGAAGAUUUUACCAGUAUUGACAGUUGUGGUGCAAGCUUUGAAGCUCGAGAGAAUAGUCCUGAACCUUUAUCUAUAAACUCAGAUCACAGUCAGUCAAUCAUUGACUCCAGCUCUAAAAAUUCCAGAAGUCGUCUUGCUAAAUGUAUUUCACCUCUUCUUCCGAAGGUUUCAGCUAUAUCUCCUGUUCAGACUCUGAAAAAGACAUAUGACUUAAAAUCUAACAAAAACAAAUUAGGCAUUGGAUUGAACAAAUUUGAUGAUGAUUCCCUUGUAAGAACUUUAAGAGACCAACUUGCAAUUCAUGAAAAGGAAAAAGUUACACAGACUUCUGAGGACAAACAAAUACAGCCUGAUAAAAUGUGUAACAUAGUAAAAAGCCAGUCAUCUCUAGAAAACAGCCAUUCUGCAAGGACAUCUCAAGUUAGUUCUUACUUGCCCUCUAGUAUGUCUGACCUUGAAUUCAGUGGUCUAGAAGAAAGCAAAGCACCUGGCAACGAAAAAGAGGAUAGCUUCGGAAAGAUGAAUAAUACAAAUCAGUGUAAACAUAUCAGUGAAUUAGUAAUAAACAAGCUUCCAGGAUACACAAUGUAGCAAUCAAUAGUAAUAGUAAAAUGAGAAUGAAAAUGUUUUUUAACGUUUAAUAAGAAAACAUUUUAAAGGAAUUUUGACUUUUUUUUUUACAAGUGUAGGCUUUGCUUAGGAUGCACAGAUAUUUUUCAGAUUAAUGUAUAAGUCAGACUUUGCAGCUCUGUGCAGAUGGUUGUUUUUGGUUUUUUCCCCCUUAGUUUUAGCUGUCUCCAAAUCUUCCACAUUCUGUGAUUAGCUCCCCUGAAAUUUAAGGGCAGUUUUCAUAUGAUGUAAAGGUUUCCUGUUCAUAUAAAAAUCUGUUCUCAUUGAGCAUAGGAAAUGAUGCAGUGUGCCUAAAGUAAUUCUCCAAUUUGUCAUUUUUCUUAAUUUUUCUUUCAGACUAAUAAUAAAAAAAUAACUAAAGGCCACUAGAAAACAAGUAAACUAUAGUUGAUUAUAGACUACUUAAGACAAUAAUACUUAAGCAAACCAAUUUUUGUUUGCAUUUCAGAAUUUAAGAGAGUUAUAGCUAUCAGUGAAGAAAAAAUUGUUCAGUAAAAUACAUACUUUAAAAAACAAGGUUUUCACAAAAACAACAUUUCAGAACAUGAUUUAAAAAAUACUUCAAUUGCAAUGCCCAAUUACAUGUUAAUCUUAACAGAGUUGUUUUUCCUAUAAUGUUAUUCUAAUCUGUGGUCGUAAUAUUAAUUUUAAGUUUUGCUUUGUAAAUUUUAAAUCCAAACCUAGUGUUUUUGUUAGCACUUUGUCAUAAUCGUCGUGUCUUCAGUUUGCACUAUUUUCAGGUAAUUCCACCUAUUGUUAAUUUGUACAAUAUGUUGGGUGGGAGAGAUUGAAUCCUAUCUAUGGAAUGGUAUGUUGCAGAUACUUUUUAAAAAAAAUGUAUGAACAAAGGCAUGCAUUCCCAAAAUAUACGCUAGCAGUAUUUAACACUUUAAAAUGUUUUUUAAAAGUAGUGGAAAAACCCUGUAUCAUAUAUAUUCAGUAACUUUAAGGAAAAUUCAGUCAUUUUUCUUUUUUAUAGCAGGUGUAAAAAUGACAUAGCAUAAUGGGUAGCCAAUAGUAGACAUGCAUUUGUGUCUGCUAGUGAUUAAUGAUGCAGGUUAAAGUCCCCAAUUUAAUUGAGUCAACUUCCAGAAAACAUGGGAUUAAUUCACUAAUACUCUUGAUACAUUAACCUUGCCAUGCCCUGUAUGCAGAUAAGUACAUAUCCAAGUAUAAAGCGACUAAAUGAAGUGUUUACUUACUAGCUGUAUUGGUAAGUAAAGGAUGUAAAUUGGUAAGUAAAGGAUUCAAUGCCAGUACUAUAAAGAAUGCUGGUGUUUUUAUAAAGAACUGGCUUUUUGGCCAGAGACAUUUUUGACACAGAGAGAAACUUUUAUAAUAGAUAUUUUCAGGAUUAAGAUUUAAAAAAACAAUUUAGAAAAAUUAGCUAGUUCACAACAUAUAGUACUUAGGUAGUAAGAGGGUAAUAAUAUGAAUGUUGACUUUGUAAAUAUACAAAUAGAAUGAGACUAUUGCCUUACACACUGUAAGCCGCCCUGAGUCUUCGGAGAAGGGCGGGAUAUAAAUGUAAAAAAAAAUUUAAAAAAAAUUAAAAAAAAUGUAUUGUUUAUAAUCAAGCGAAAAAUUGUUCUCUUGUUUCGUUUGAAGAAUCUGCUAGGCAUAUUGGUCCUAAAAAAUAGUAACAAAAGAUUUGAUCAAACCUUUGAUAAGAGCAAGUCACUCUGGCCCGUUAUCUUAGCCAGUUAGAGAUAGUGAAUCAUCAGAAAAUGUUUUCACUUGCAUGAUGCCAUAGACUUCCCUUAGCCAUCCUGGACAGCAAAUAUAAAGGGGUACCACUGGCUGAAAAGCUUUGUCCCUGUGAUUAUGGAGCAGUGGCAACAUCCUUCUUUGCUGUUCUUUUUAUAUAGACGUCUGAGCAAAAUUUAUUUUCCGGAUAAUAAGUAACCUAACUGUUCCGACACCAUUUAUCUUCAGUGGUUGUUUAAAGAUCCAACAGAUUGUAGUCUCAGCACAAGUAGCUAGAUUCUGCACAGGAGCACUAAAAUUGGCUGGAACCUGAUGGAAUAAUCCAUUAUAACUAUUUUAUUCAAUUAAUACACCAAUUUUUUUUAUAUUACCCUGUUUAGUACUGAAUAACUAUAGGCUUUCACAAUUUAAGGACUAAUAUUACAUUAUUAUGCUCUUGUUUGUAUGUAACUGAUAGGCUGUCAAAUUAUUAUUUCAAUAUACGUUUUAUUUGUUAUUUUAUUCCAGAAUUUUUAACUAGAUACUCUGAGCAUUUUUAAUUGUACUGGUCUUUGUAAUAAAUAUUUUCCUGACUGGUAAGAGCAAGAAUUGUAUAGUAACAUCUUGUUAUCUCACACCUUCCCAAUAAUUGCUCUGCUUUUGUUAUUUAAAUCAAAAGGCUAAAUAAUGUGAACAUGCUACACUUUAUACCUAAGUUACUAUGAUGCAGUCAGUAUGGAAUAUGACAUUGGAUUCCCAUUUUGACUUCCAACAUUUCAGUGUGGAGUCUAUCACAUGAUGGCAGAAUUGGCAUUUGUUCUGUGGUGAUUUAUGGUGUGCCGAGGGAAAAAAUACAUGUCAGAAAUCACUUGUACUGAAAUAAUGAACCUUCCUAUUUAUGCUUGGCCUUUUGCAUAAAAUCUGGUCAUAGAGCAGUUUUGUUUUACCUUGUGGUAUUGCGUAAUGUAUUCUUCCAGUCCAAUCCAUUUCCUUGAUAAAUAAUUUUUAAGUUUAAGAAAGUUCAUAUUUCUUGGGAUUUUUGUUAACUAAGGCAAAACAGUAAUGUUUGAUAUGUUACAGAAUUUGCUUUAAUCUAUUAAACGAU